UGAGACCUUCUUAGUUUAUUUGGAUCAAAGUGUGAAUGUCUCCAAGCUUCAGUCAGACCCAGAGAGCCUCGUGCUGCUGCUACUUUUUGCAGCGUGCUCGGCAUUGGUGGAUGUGUGUGUUUCCCUGUGCGUCAUGAUUGGCUGAGAGCGCAGAGGACGCCUUAAUAUUUAAUACUAAUGUUCCCCUGGUUGGCUGAGGACUGGAAAGGUCCAACCAAUGUUUUUUACUUGCUUUAGUGGCUGCGGCUCCCUAAUUAAUUGCAGCUAUCUGUCUCCUAUCGAUGUGUGUGUACAUGUGUGUUGUGUGUGUGUGUGUUUCCUUUUUUCUCCCCAAAGCGAACAUGAAAUAGUUUGUUGGGCUAUACUUUCUUUCUUCCUAUCGUCCCCCCUUCCUUCCUUCCCGUCCUGGUUCGCAGGCAGAGUCCGGACAGAUUGAGACCCAGCUGUGUGUCCCUCAGAGCCGGUGAUGUUGGAUAUGGGAGAACGCAAAGAGGUGAAAAUGAUUCCGAAAUCCUCCUUCAGUAUAAACAGUUUGGUGCCCGAGGCCGUGCAAAGCGACAACAACAACCACCAGACCCAGCACCAGACCCAGCACCACCACCAGAACCUGCACCAGAACCACCUUCACCGGCCCGGCAUCGUAGACGAAGCCGAGCAGAAAGCUCCUCUCCCCGCCGCGCAGCAGGACCCGAAACCGGAGUCUAAAAGUGAGUCCACCACGGGCCAGGAGAGCUCCACGGAGAAGGAGGACAAGCAGGAGGAGAAGAAGGACGGGAAAGAAGGAGACGCCGGAGGGAAGGACGCAGAGAAGAAGAGUGGCAAGUACGAAAAACCUCCUUUCAGUUAUAACGCGCUGAUCAUGAUGGCGAUCCGGCAGAGUCCGGAGAAGCGGCUCACCCUGAACGGGAUCUACGAGUUCAUCAUGAAGAACUUCCCCUACUACCGGGAGAACAAGCAGGGCUGGCAGAACUCCAUCCGACACAACCUCAGCCUCAAUAAGUGCUUCGUGAAGGUGCCGCGGCACUACGACGACCCGGGGAAGGGGAACUACUGGAUGCUGGACCCGAGCAGCGACGACGUCUUCAUCGGGGGGACCACCGGGAAGCUGCGGCGGAGGUCCACCACGUCCCGGGCCAAGCUGGCCUUCAAGCGGGGCGCGCGCCUGACCUCCGGGCUGACCUUUAUGGACCGGGCCGGCUCCCUGUACUGGCCCAUGUCCCCCUUCCUGUCCCUGCACCACCCGCGGGCCAGCGGCGCCCUGGGCUACAACGGGACCUCGUCGGGCUACCCGGCUCACCCCAUGUCCUACAGCACCAUGCUGACCCAGAACAUGGGCAGCAACCACUCGUCGUUCCCGUCCUCUAACGGGCUCAGCAUGGACCGGCUGGUGGGCUCGGACCUGCCGUACGCCACGCACCACCUGACGGCGGCGGCCCUGGCGGCCUCGGCGGUGCCCUGCGGCCUCUCGGUGCCUUGUUCCGGGGCCACGUACUCCCUGAACCCGUGCUCGGUCAACCUGCUGGCCGGGCAGACCAGUUACUUUUUCCCCCACGUCCCUCACCCCUCCAUGAGCACGCAGGGCGGCGGCGGCUCGCUGCAGGCCGCCCGGGCUUCGGCCUCCAACUCCCCGCAGGCUCCGUCCUCCUCCGCGCUGCCCUGUGACUCUCUGAGGCCGGCCCUGUCCGCCUCUCUGCCGGCCUUCUCCUCGGGACUGUCCGGGGGUUUGUCUGACUAUUUUACGCAUCAGAACCAGGGCUCGACCUCCAACCCGCUUAUACACUAACACCCCCCCAAAACAACCCCUCACCCCUUCAUCUUACCUCACCCUCAUCCAUCCAUCCAUCCUCCCCCCCUCUCCCCCCUGAAGGAGUGAAAUCUAAAAAAGACUGGAACUGUAAGUUGAACAUUUGAACGUUCCACUGUAAAAACAGAAUAAUUAUAACUACCUUCUAUAGAGACAGAGGAGAGACUCAGAGCUCAGCAGAGACACAAAGCAGCCCUGAAGUUUGCAGGUAUUUUUUAAAAUUAUUAUUAUUAUUAUUAUCUCCUCCUCUCUCUCUCUCUCUCUCUCUCUUCUCUCUCUUCUUCUUCUGCAGUUUUUCUUUCUGUGUACAUACUGUCUGUUCCUGUAAGUGUCCGGGUUUGUCUCGUGCAGUGUGACCCGAGCUAACAGACCGAGAGAGCUGAUCUGUGUGUUGUUGUUGGAGGCAUUACUUUUUAUAGAAUGUGUAUUUAAAAAUAGUUUUGUCUAAUUUUUGAGAUUUAAAAAAAAAAGGAAAUAAUAAUAAUAAUGAUGAAGAUGAUGAAGAUGAUGAAGAUGAUGAAAUGUCUGAGCCGCUGGAGGCCGCAUGUUUGCAGUAUUAUCAGGAUCAUGCGGGUCAGAACAGGAGAGGACACUUUUAUUUUGAAAAACACUAAUUUUUUAUUUUAUUUUCUAAACAGUGAAAUGUUUUCUGUUGUUUUUUUUUUAAAGCUGAUUUCCGUUCAUUCAUCCUCAGUUUCACACGUUCUUUCAUAGACCAAAGAAUCGGUUCUUAGGAGAUUUAGAGUCAGUAUUGAGCUGACAGAGGCCUGCUGUAGUGAGUGAGUGAGUGAGUGAGUGAGUGAGUGAGUGAUUGAGUGAGUGAAGGGGUGAAUGAAGCCUCCUCACUGCUGAAAAUGUCCAUUGAAACGAGAUGUUUUAUGAAUCAGCUGAUCUGGAGUUUGUCGCGCUGAUCUCUGAUCUGAAUGUUUGUCUCGGAGGCUUCCUGCCUUAACGCGCCUCUUUUGACAUCAAAUGUCUCCUGGACUCCUCUAAAGAGGGGUCCAGGGUCCAGUCCAGGGCCUGGUUCAGGCUGAGCUGGGUGUAAAGGUCUCGUUGUGAUGGAUGUUUUCUCGGUGGCAGUCUGUGAUCUGCUUUUCUUUGACUGUAAACGUGAGCGCCGGUAGAAACGGACGCUCACGCUCCUUCUUCUCCUUCUUCUUCUUCUUCUGUUCUUUUUUGUAUAAUUAGUAAAAGAGAGAGAACAUGUCUAUUUGUAAUUUGAAUUUUGGGGUUUUGCUUCUUUUUGAAAAGGAAGAAGAAUAAUGUAGACCCCGGUUUGUUUGACAGAAGAAAAAAACGCCUCAUUAUCUAAUCCUACUCGGAAUGAUUGUCCUUUAAUGUCGUCUCUAAAAAGAAUUUUUCAUGGUUGUGAUUCUAUUGUGGUCUUAUUCUUAUUCCGUGUUUGUCGCUUACAGAAGUUCAAAAAGAGAAAAAAAUGUUUUAAUCAUAAAAAAUAAAAAUAAAAGAAUAGGUUAC